GACCCGGAGAUCAGCCACGACUGCGUCGACGGCGACGACGACCCCACCCCCCGCUACGGGGGGGAAGUGACCAAUUGGCACGGGACCCGAUGCGCCGGCGAGAUCGCCAUGUCCGCCAACAACUUCAAAUGCGGCGUUGGCGUCGCUUACGACGCCAGCAUCGGGGGAAUCCGGCUGCUUGACGGCGUGAUCAGCGAUCUGACGGAAGGGAUCGCCCUGGGCUUCAACGUGGAGAAAGUGGACGUCUUCAGCAACUCUUGGGGUCCGACCGACGACGGCGUCACCGUGGAAGGCCCUGGGACUCUGGCCCUCAAGGCCCUGGAGAAGGGAAUUUCCAAGGCGAGAGAGUGA